AUGGACGACAAUAUAAAUGAGGCUUUAUCACAGCUUCUACACGAGAAGGGGAUUGAAUAUCCCGGGGAAAGAAUGGUAGAAGAUAGUACAACAGUUCAGGUUAUCAACCCAGCAGCGAGAAAAACAGGAGAGAGUAUGGAAGUUUUCGUCUCCAGAAAGACUACCAUGAUUUCUCAACCUAAUUCAGAUGAUGAAGACUACGGGGCUUCUGACUCGGAGCUAUUUUGUCGCUCUCGUUCAGCUUCUUUCCACGGUCGUGCAGGAAGUGAAGAUGAACGUCCACGACACACAACGUUGAGGUAUCGUCGUCGUAAAGGAGGUCAAUGGCUACAAGUCGAGGACAGCAACACUGAGGUAGCGAAAGAGGGCGAAGAUGAGCUCCAAGUUGAACUCAAAGAAGAAUGCUCAGAAGAUACAGGUGUUGUAACUAAGACUUACCAAGCUAGGUGGAGAGUUCUGAAGUAUGAAAAUCUUCCUGAAUGGCUACAAGACAAUGAGUUUCUGAGACACGGUCAUCGUCCUCCGCUCCCAUCUUUUGCUGAGUGCUUUAAAAGUAUUUGGGCACUGCAUACAGAAACAGGCAAUAUUUGGACACAUCUAAUUGGUUGUGUUGCAUUCUUCUGUUUGGCAGUGUGGUUCCUCUCUCGACCGGAUAAUCACAUCCAAUUUCAAGAAAAAGUUGUUUUCUCUUUCUUUUUUGCCGGAGCUGUUCUCUGUUUGGGGUUAUCCUUCGUGUUCCAUACAUUGUCAUGUCAUUCAGUAGAUAUAGUCAAAAUAUUCUGCAAAUUAGAUUAUAUGGGUAUCUCAAUGCUGAUUGUUGGCUCAUUCAUCCCCUGGAUUUAUUAUGGAUUCUAUUGUCGACGAGAGCCUAAAAUAACCUAUAUUCUGAUGGUUUGCGUUCUCGGAGCAGGUGCUAUCAUCGUUUCACUUUGGGAUAAGUUCAGUGAGUCUCGGUUCCGUCCAUACAGGGCUGCAGUCUUUGUGGGAAUGGGGCUUAGUGGAGCCAUUCCAACCGCACACUACAUAUACACAGAUGGAGUUCGAUCCUUAUUUGAAGAUAAUGCUUUCCAUUGGUUACUACUUAUGGCUUUCCUUUAUCUUCUCGGAGCUCUCUUGUAUGCGACUCGUACGCCUGAAAGAUUUUUCCCCGGAAAGUGCGACAUUUGGUUCCAAUCUCAUCAGCUUUUCCAUACUUGUGUGGUUAUUGCAGCUUUUGUCCAUUAUUAUGGUAUAAGUGAAAUGGCCAUGCUUCGUUUGAAUGCUCAAUGUCCACCAGAGAUCCCUGUUGGUCAUACUGAACUAUAA